GUCAUAACUUCAAUAAAUUGUAACAAGUCCGUACAGCAAUCUUAGCUCGAAGUUGAUUAUCCCGAACCGAAAUGAUACGCAUUCAAAUAAAAGUACAUGACUUUUUCUAUACCGUGUCGAUGUUGGUUGGAAACCUGGACAGCAAACAGGAAAAUAGAUAACCAGGGAAAAAAAUAAACUUGCGGGUCUUGCAAUCAAGAAGACUGAGAAGGUCAACAGUACGAAACCACCUCCCAAAUUCCUCCCUUGUCUUCAACCACUCCCAUCCCAAUCAACGCUGUAUUUUCUAUUCAAACUUUCCAUAUUUACUUCACAGAAUAGUCUAAAACUUUGAAUCCUCCAAGUCAAAAGUCAAUUGCCGAAGGGAGAAAAACCACCCACUGCAACUUCAUAAUACCCAGAACCCAUCCAUUUCAUCACACCUUCCAUUACAAACACCACUCUUCCAAUUGAAUUUCAGGUUCAUGUUUUCUUCAUCAUCCUUCACCAGCCGAUAGGUGCUACAGAAAGCGAAAGCUUCUGUCAUUUGAUACGAUAACAAUGGGUUACUGGAAGCUGCUUUUCUUCGCUUUCCAUAUCCUUACAAGCUUUCAUGGCCUCUGCAAUGGGCAGCCUGAUUUCCGAGCCCACGUCUGUGGAGACAAUGGUACUACCAGUAUGUAUGAGUCAAAUAAGAACACCCUUCUCUCCUCCGUUGCUCCCAAUAUUGGUAGAAAUGGCUUCUACAAUUCUUCCGUUGGCCAAAACUCUGAUAGAGUUAACGCAAUUGCCCUAUGUCGGGGAGAUGUUGAGCUGGAUAUCUGUCGUAGUUGUGUCAAUGACUCUACCCAUAAGCUCGUGCAACUUUGUCCAAACUACCAUGGGGCAAUUGGAUGGUAUGAUAAAUGUAUGUUAAGGUUCUCAAAUUACACCAUAUUCCACCAAUUAGAUAUUGGCCCAGAACGUUCUCUGUUUAGCCUUAACAACGUAUCAGAUUCAGACGUGCCUCAGUUCAAUCAGGCACUACGCCUCAUGUUGGACAGACUACGGGAAAAAGCUAAAUCAGGAGAUUCUUUGCGCAAGUUUGCUAGUGAGAGGACUAGUGGGCCUGCCUUUCAAACAAUAUAUGCACUUUCGCAGUGCACACCUGAUUUAUCCGACAUCCAAUGUUACGACUGCCUGGAUGGGGCUGCUAAAGCAAUCCCGUAUUGUUGCAAUGGAAGACAAGGAGGGAGAGUUCUAAGACCCAGCUGUAAUCUUAGGUUUGAGACGGAGCGUUUCUAUAAUGAAACUCCGGCUACACCACAGCCACCUCCAGGCAAGGACAGUAGCACAACUCGAACUGUCAUCAUUAUUGUGGUGCCAAUUGUGAUCUCUGUGAUUCUUAUCAUCAUGUUCAUUUGCAUCUUUCAACGAAAGAGGAAGCAUCGGAAGCCAACAGCGAAAAUUGAGACUAUGGAUGAAAUAAGCAGCAUAGAAACUUUGCGGUACGACUUUGGAGCUAUAAGAAUUGCGACAGAUAACUUCUCUGAUAGUAACCAGCUUGGACAAGGUGGAUUUGGUGUAGUUUAUAAGGGUACGCUCCCCAACGGAAAAGAAAUAGCUGUUAAGAGACUGUCCAGAGAUUCCGGACAAGGUGAACAGGAAUUUAAAAAUGAAGUAUUGUUGGUGGUAAAGCUUCAGCACAAGAAUUUGGUUAGACUACUAGGUUUCAGUCUGGAAGGAACAGAAAAGCUCCUCGUAUACGAAUUUAUGCCCAAUGCAAGUCUUGAUCAUUUCUUAUUUGGUAUGAAAUAUCCUUGACAGCCUACCUUCUCUAAAGUUUUAAUCUUUAUUGACUUAAUUCAGGAUACAAAUAUGUACACAAGUGAAGAAUGUUGAACUGAAAGCAUUCAGAAACUCAAUUUGCUAAAUUAUCACAUAAAACUGAAAUGCAUGUGAUAUAUUAUUAGUUUCUAAAAGAAUUGUGAUUUGUUAGAACUCAAACUAAACGAUAUGCUUGGCUGGAUUUGUAGAUCCCAUCAAACGAGAACAACUAGAUUGGGAUAGGCGCUAUAAAAUCAUAGGAGGUAUUGCCAGGGGACUUCUGUAUCUUCAUGAAGAUUCUCAACUUCGGAUCAUUCAUCGUGAUCUCAAAGCCAGUAAUAUUUUAUUAGAUGCAUAUAUGAAUCCUAAAAUUUCAGAUUUUGGGAUGGCAAAGCUUUUUGCGGUCGAUGAAACUCAAGGCAAUACGAAUAGGAUUGCAGGGACCUAUGGUUAUAUGGCACCAGAAUAUG